CCGUGCGGAUGUUGAUUCGGAAACUGCUGCUGCUGGUGGAGCAGUUGUGGUUUCCUCUGAACUAGCUGCAUGGCUAAACAUCUCCGAUAACACAGUGUAAAACUGGGAUAAUAACACCUUUCACAGGCAGAGCUUCACCUUUCACGAAGUUAUGCCGUGACUUCGCUGUCGACAGCGACCGUUGGCGUUUUUUAAAUCUGCGCCUUCCUUCACAAUAAGAGUCUGGAGACUGCAGCAGACCACUGCAGGAAAUUAGCUCGUUAGCCUGACAGCCAUCCAGUCCAAGUGUUAUUAUGAGGCUGAAUCUUUCCACUUUAUGCUCGAUUUAAUUAACAUCUUCGUCAUGGACGCCGAGGCUAUAGUGAUCCGUAUAAAAACCCCGUUAGGGGACAUGGACUCGUCCGUGGACUGUCCAUCUCUUCUGAACUUCAAUGAUCUGCUGGUCGCCAUCAGAGAUGUCAUGCCUGAAGCCACUGUCACAGCCUUUGAAUAUGAAGAUGAGGUGGGCGACAGAAUCACUGUAAGAAGUGAUGAAGAACUCAAAGCCAUGUUGUCAUAUUACUGCAACACAGUGAAUGAACAACGCAUGAAUGGAGUGCUGCCGGACCCUCUACAGAUUUUUCCACGAGCCGGCAAGACUCCAGGGAUCCGGAACAUACAUGGCCUGAAGGUUAAUACAAGACCUAACCCAGCCAAUGACUGCACUCAUGCUGUCCCAGACUCCAUGGCCAACAACAGUUUAAAAAAAUCGUCUGCUGAGCUGAAGAGGAUCCUGACAAAUGGCCAGAUAAAUGCCCAAGAUAUCUACUAUCAAGAGCAGCUUGGCCACGGAAACGGAGGCACAGUUUACAAGGCGUACCAUCUUAUUGGAAAUCGGGUUUUAGCAGUCAAGGUCAUUCCCCUCGAUAUCACGGUGGAAUUACAGAAGCAAAUCAUGUCAGAGUUAGAAAUCCUCUACAAGUGUGAUUCACCGUACAUCAUCACUUUCUUCAGUGCCUUUUUUGUAGAGAACAGGAUUUCCAUAUGCACAGAAUUCAUGGAUGGUGGUUCUCUCGACGUGUACAAAAGAAUCCCAGAGCAUGUGUUGGGAAGGAUCGCAGUGGCAGUAGUCAAGGGCCUGACAUAUCUGUGGAGCCUGAAGAUACUUCAUAGAGAUGUCAAGCCUUCCAAUAUGCUGGUGAACACCCGGGGACAAGUCAAGCUCUGUGACUUUGGUGUCAGCACACAGUUGGUGAACUCGAUUGCCAAAACGUAUGUGGGGACUAACGCAUACAUGGCGCCGGAAAGGAUAUCAGGAGAACAGUAUGGCAUCCAUGCAGAUGUCUGGAGUGUGGGAAUCUCUUUCAUGGAGUUGGCGUUAGGCAUGUUCCCCUAUCCACAGAUUCAGAAAAACCAAGGAUCUUUAAUGCCUCUCCAGUUACUGCAAUGCAUCGUUGAUGAGGAUCCUCCAGUUCUUCCUGUCGGCCAGUUCAGUGAGAAGUUUGUUCACUUCAUCACUCAGUGUAUGCGACGACAACCCAAAGAGAGGCCUGCCCCUAAUAACCUCAUGGAUCAUUCCUUCAUCAUACAGUUUAAUGACGGUAACGCAGAGGUCGUGUCCAUGUGGGUUUGUCGCUGUCUGGAGGAGAGACGAUCUCAGCAGGCUCAGGGACACGUCUGACGUCCUCCUGCUGCUGACGGACCAGGACAUUUGAUCUCAAAUCUUGAACACUUAUAUCUUCAGGCUUCAGGGUCAAGUACGUCCAUAUGCGCUGUACAAGUCACCCAACGUACAUGGACUAAAAUUAUCACUAGAUGUUUAAUACUUUAUGUGAGUAAAUCUUACGUGAAGUAUUGUUGCGGCGUGACAUUGAGGAGCUCUGAGAGAGAUCUGCACUUUCUUUCUCUCACGUGCGGUCUCCACCUGCAGCUUCAUCCCCACCUCCUUUGAGAGCAAACAGAAAUGUGUCACAGUCUGACGAAUGAAGAGUCCUGAUUUAAAAGAUCGGUGACAUUAAACAACUUCCAAGGCAUACGACUGCAAGACAGGUAGAGUUGUGCUGUUUCUAGGAUGGUAGCUCAUCUCACGCUUUACUGUUGACAGCCCUCUAGUGAAUAUUAAGGUUUUUGCCUGUGAGUAACUGCCCAUGUGUGUGCCUGUUUUUUCCAGUGGUGUAAUUUAUUACCUCAGCAAACUUAGGUUGUCACUGUAAUAGGAAAACUUCCCCCUCAAUUUAAUACCUGGACUAAAACAUUUGUAUCCAGUUAUUCUCUAAUCUUGUGAGGUUGGGGUGUUACCUGGAUACAAAGCUCUGUCUCUGUUCAAAUGAACAAUAAGUCUGCGAUUGUCACAUUCAUUGGGAAGAACCAGUUUUUUUUAAAUGUUUUAAACCAGUUUUUAACCUUAUUGCACAUCUUUUAUUUCCGUUUGCACAGACAUGUCUGACGUUGAAUACCACUGAAUGAACCGUUGGAGAGGAAAUUAUGCUGAAGCAGCUAUAACGUAACAGAAACUAUGACAAUUCCUCUUGUUAUAAGCCAAAACUUUGUUUUAACUUAUUGUUUUAUCCACUUCCUCAGCAGUAAAUCCCUACUUUAGCAGGAUAUGUCAUGUAUAGAAAUUAGAAACUAUUUUAUUGAAUUGCCUAAUGAGAUCAGUUGAAGUUGCACUUAACACCAAAGACCGACCAUUGACAACCCAAAUGGUGAAUUACAUGGAUUCCUAAUGACUGAGACAAACGUAAUAGGUGAAGUGACUGAAAUACAUUGGUCCCACAAGGUCCUUAUGUGCAGAUGUUGAAAUGUGUAGUGCUCAAGUGCAAUUAAAUUCCAUUACUUGCUCAACGUGAGGAGAACAAUCAAACCUGCUCCAUCAAUUUGGGAUUUCUUCAAGAUUUCUUGGCCGAGCUUUCAGCUUUUGUCGACACUGACAUGGAUGUAUUUGUUUAUUGCUUAGGUUGUAGUUUGCAUUAGAGUUAAACUGGACUGCAUUGUAUAUUGAGAGGUGUUUCUAAUAUUUUGGCCACAACAUUUACUUACAUGAGAGGGCCAUAAUAUUAGAAAACACUUCUCAAUAUAAUGCACUCCUGUACAACAACAACACCGUCUAAGACCUCAAUAAUAAACGUAAAGGAGAAUUAUAACCUAUAAACUGAAACAUUAUCUUCGUAAAGAGGAAUUUAUGAAAGAUGGCCGGUCAGUGUGCUUUCCUUAAGGCACGAAAUCCCAAGCUGUGUCCCAGCUCCAUACUACAUACCAAUCCUAAGCAGGUUUUAAUUCUGUGCAGUAUGUAUACAUAUAAAAUUCUGUAUACUAAAAUAUUUUAAAUUAUUAAAUUAGAUUUUUGUUGUUCCAGACUGUAAUGUGUGGAAAAUUGAAGAUGAUAAAGUGCCAUACUCAACUUUUUAGCUUUUUUUGGGAACUACAAAGACCAUGAGAUGCUGAAACUAAAAGUUUUUUUGAAAAAUCUAGUAAAAAGAAUAAAUAUUUAGCUUUCUGUUAAGCCGGAGCUUUCAGAUCAAACAGUUCACCGUUAAAGCUGCACACUGCAGAGUAUCAGGACCGUCUGUAGGAGGGAAUUUGGACACAGCACCCCAAUGUUCUGGUGGUUGUCACUUCUUAUUACAAUGUGAUUGGUCAAAAUAGUUCAAAUGGGUCACGGUGUGAGAGGGAACUCGAAGUAUCCUCUACUGGUUGUGCUCAGAACUCAAGAUUUCUCAGUGGAUUUAAUAUGUGAUCCUAGACUUCAUUAAAUACACUGUUGAUAUUAACAGAGCAUGUGAGCAUAGUGGAGUCUUUACAGAGCUAUUUGUUCCCUCCGCUCUGAACUCAAAGGCCUUUUCUGGCUCUUUCUUGGCUUAAACCCUUUUUAAGCUGUGUGAUAAAGCUCCAUGUGUCAGACUCAGAGAGGUUAUGGGAGAUUUUACUGACCAGACCACUUCUGUGUUGUGGUACCGGCGAAAAACCGGAGCGGGACAUAAGGCGAUGUUCCAACAGCUCUCCUCAAAUGCUCUUAAAUAAUAUCAUAAACUUUUAUGAACAGUUACAAUGUACUUUAUUCUGUGUUACAGCACUUAGGGUUCAAGUUUGUGGGAUUAUUCUUCCUUUACAAAUUGUGUGUGAAUUGCACAACCAGCAGAGGCGCUAUGUCUCAUGAUCCCUCUCAUAUUAACAAAUGUCAUUGAGUGCCAUUAUUUGCCUCAGAAACCAGAAAAUGAGGCUUUUUUUUUUUUACUUUUAUGUACAUAAAUAUACUUUAACUUUGGAGGGGCACAUGCGAGACGCCAUUUAUUUUCAUAAAAAAACCUUGAAAUAUGAAGAAAUACAUCAACAUGGAUUUACCAACAGCUGCACAAUAAAAAGAAUAUAUAUUCCGCAUUAUACCACAUAUAUUGUUAAUUAUAUCCAUCUGACUGUCACUUUGGGUACAUCCAAAGUUCUACCAAACUGUUAAUUUAUCCACCUGACAUUAAGUUGGCCUUAAAUUAAACUGAAGCUAUAAAUACUUAGCAGUCUGGUGAAACUACUGUAAGUGCGAAAUAUCAGUGUGCAGUCACUGUCUGCUGAUGAAACUCAAAUGAAACCAAAAAAAAAAAAAAUCAUAUUUCUGAACAGAUGUAAGCUCAGACACUUCAUUUAUGGUUUAGCAGUGUGUACUCAUCGACUGUGACUUAAAUAUGAAUCUGCAGUAUCAGUUGUGCUUACAACAGCGAUCACCUCGUGACUCUUGCCCUGUUAUUUCUCCCUUUUUUUUUGCAUAAACCACAAAGCAUUAAGUCACUGAUGGGACUCAGCAGAAAUAUUAGUGCUGCCAUGUUAUUGGCUGAUUGUGGCCUUUUCUGUAAUUAUCUGUGUUGGCACAUAUUCCAACCAUAAUGCACAAAUAAUAAUAAUAAAAAAUAAAUAAAACAUGA